AACAAGAUAGCGGAACGGAUGUUGGAGCGUCAAGAAGCUUUUAGUAUUGAGAAUGUGUUGGAGAUAUUGUAUGCUUUGCCUGAAGUGAGAGAGUGGUCUCCACUAUAUGAAGCAGCAAUAGAAAUUCUCAUAGAUAAUGAAGGGAACCGAAGAGCCUUUGUAACAAUGAAGACAGAUGAAGCUAAGAUUAGAUGCUUGAAAGAUGGAUAUUGCAAGAUGAAGAUGGAGAUUAUGAUGAUGAACUUGGUUUGUUUGAUGCGCCUAUUACUGAGAGAUUGAGUCA